AUGUUCCUCGAUCUUCCCGAUAAACUUCAUAUCCAAGUCUACUACAACACCAUCACCUCAACCACCUGCUACAUGGUGGAGACCAUGGAACUGCACAUCAACGCUGAAUUCCAAGCCCAGUGGGCCCUUGUCUACAACAAUCAUCUCUCCGCGCUCAUCACAGGCACGACAUUCAUCAAGCCAAUGACGAAGCUGACGGACUCGAUACAUAUUAAAUUGGAACGCGUCGACUUCGUGGAUGUGCUGUGCCUCAUCGAUUAUAUGCCUUUGAUGGAGUUCCGUCUGACGGACGUACGGGGUAAUGUUGCGCAGUACCAAAUCAUGCUCAUAUGGGAGCAACGCCUCAUGCAGCAGAAGUAUUAUGUGAAAGGUGCUCUGCGCUCAGAAGAUGUUGGGGAUGGUACACUGAUAGUUGGGGUGGUGUGGUAUGGGCUGGCUGCAAAGCGUCGCGACAAAGGCUUGACAUGGCGCGGUGCGUAG